UCACUGUUUUAUAUAUUUUACUAUGUAAUUCAAAUUCUAUAGAACUCAAUCAAUGAAAAGCUGUACUGUCUCAGUCUUAUCCAUUGUCUUUGUAAUAUUUUCCCAUGAAUAAUACACAAAAUUCGAGGUCACGGCACUUUUUACCGGUGUGAUGUAAUGCUGAGUUUUUAAAACUAGUUAUUCUUUGUCUUCAAUUCGCAGCAAGCAGGUUUUCUCGAAAGUUUAUAAGUUUUAUUAUAAUUUGAACUAAAAUACUCAUAAUCCUGUUACUGGUCAGCACAAACGCAAACCCAAAGGGAAGCAAAAUAAUUAGUAGUGACGGCGGGAGUUUUCGAAAUGUGUUAAAAUCUGAGCAUGCGCACUGUUAUAUUAAGUUUUAUCACGACUUUGACGAGAACGACUCACGACCGCAGUUUAUUUACAGCUUUAGGUGUAAUCGGUUUUGGACUUUGCUAACUUGGAAGAUAACCUCACUCUAGAUUUUUCAAAUCAAAAUCAUUAUGGAGUGUAUUAAGUUCAGUUUUUGUCCUGAGUAAAAGAAGAAAUAGAUGUAAAUGAAGGUAAUUAUCUAUCUAUUACCUUUAAAUUUUAAAACAUUCAUAUGUUUUAAGAAAAACAAUUAAUACCUCAGAUGGACACAGAGCUGGACAAAUGAAAUUAUGGAUACAUGUUUUGUGGCCUGCUGUUGCAAUUGUGCUAAAAACUACGGUUUUACGAAGACCGAUCUAGAUCGAUUUACGGAUAACAUUGAGAACUUAUUAAAUAAUAACAAUGGCAGACAGUGCUUUAGGGAUUUUAUGGAAGAAGCUAAAAUGAGGCAUGGACUUAGAACUUUACACUUUUGGGAGCGUGUCGACAAAUAUAUCUCUUCUCAAGAUACAGUGCACAGUGCGUCACACUCGGGAUGUCUCAAACGUGUGGAUAGUUUAAUCGAUAUAGCGGAAAAAAUUGAGGAAUUCGACUUUGCCAUCAUGGAAAGGCUGUGUAUCGCACGGGAAUCUGAGAACAGAGAAGAAAUUAUUACUGUGCUAAAACUGUUCAAAGUUGAAGCAGCGAAGGCUUUGAAGCGGGAAUACAAUGCUUUUAAAAGACAUUUUGUUGUGAAGAAUUAAAACAAAAGUGCUUUUCAAUUAGGAUGGAUGUGUCAUCAUACACGCGAGUGCACUAAAAUAGCUUUAAAUUAAGUACUUACCUGUUCAGAAAUAAUCUUGUGAUCUGUAUAUAAAUUAUAAAAAAAAUGUUGAGUAGGUACUUAUAUUAUUUUUAUAAAAAUACAUAGGUAUCUAAGAUUCUAAUGUAUUAAUUUCAUAUCUGAUAUACAUGCUAUGUGCAGAGUUACACAUUUCCAAAAAGGCCAUUAUAGUAGAAUAGUCACAUUUUCUACUUGAUACAAAAUAUUUCAUAUUUAAUAUUUAGCCUAAUGCUUUAGCCUAUGUACCUGUUAUUGUAAUAUGUAACUGUUUAUGAUAGAUUUUUUACACAACAAAAUAGAUACAACAAUUUUUACGGUUUACACUAUCCAUAUUUUUUUUCAUUUUUUAUUGGAUGAAUUCGUCAAUUGUCCGAAAAAUAUUGCAGAAGAAAUCUAACACAAAAUUUGUAGGUGAUAUUAUUAUAUUAGAAGUCACAAUUUAUAUUCCUGCAAUCCGUCCUAUAUUUUUGUUGAGAAUUGUUUGUAAUUUAAAUUACACGCUUUUCUUUGUUGUAAGUAAAUUGACGCUUUAGUGAGAAAUAAAAUAUUUAAUA